AGUUAGCUUACAGUAAGAAUGGGCAGUGCAGCCUGCAAGCAGAGGGAAUUGCUAGAUCAGACAGGGGAAUGCAUGGAGGGAUAAGACUGCCUAUUCUGUACAGCACUGAAUCCUGAGGAGGAGAAUCACAGAUCGCUGUUACAAUGCUGGGAACAUUUCCACCUAUUAGAGAAUGAGAGAGCCCUUACUGCUUGCCAUGUCAAGGCUGUGUUGGAGCUAAUGCUGAAUAUACUGUAGUAGUGUGGGAUUGUGACUGAAAUGAGACACAUUAUGUAUUUUGGUGGUACAUGCCAGAGUCCUGCCCUCUCGGCGCUGAUUCGUCCACCACUUCCAACAUUGCAUCCAUCUUUUGAUAUCAAACAAUUCCUGCCAUUCACUUGGGACAAUGCUGCUGCCAUUAAUCUCUUCCCAAACUUCAUAGCGAGCCAGGCUGCGGCCCACUGCAAAGGCAUGAAACAUGCCAAGAAAUUGAAAGCACUGGAAGCCAUGAAAAAUAAACAGAAAUCAGCUGCUGUCAAGGACAACGCAAAGACUAUCUACACCGCCAUCCCUACUAAUACCAUCAAUGGCAACUCUGAGAAAACAGGAAUACCAGCAAUAUCAACUAGUACAACAGUUGAAAUACGGAAAAUCAGUGUUAUGACAACAGAGACCACCUCGAAGUUUGACAAGAAAAUCACUCUGGUCACUAGCAACGGCAUAUGUCCAUCUGGUGAGACAGAAGAAGAAAAAGCAAAACGAUUGCUGUACUGUUCACUAUGCAAGGUUGCCGUUAAUUCUGCCUCACAACUAGAGGCACACAACAGUGGGACAAAGCACAAAACGAUGGUGGAAGCUCGAAAUGGAAGUGGUACAAUAAAAGCCUUUCCUCGAGCAGGAAUAAAAGGCAGAGUGCCUAUAAACAAAGGAAGCACAGGCCUGCAAAACAAAACAUUUCACUGUGAAAUAUGUGAUGUUCAUGUUAACUCCGAAACACAGCUUAAACAGCACAUUAGCAGUAGACGGCACAAAGACAGAGCUGCAGGGAAGCCUCCUAAACCGAAAUACAGUCCCUACAAUAAAGUACAAAGGACGACGACUCCUCUUGGGAUAAAAUUAGCUUUUUCAAAACAGCGCCUAAAGCCAUUGACUCCACGUAUACUACCAAAUCCCUUGGCAGCUGCUGCAGCAGCUGCAGCUGUUGCUGUUAAUUCGCCAUUCAAUCUCCGGACCACGCCAACAACUACUCUGUUUCAAACGCCAACACUUCCUGCAUUUCUGCGACCAGCACCAGGGCCAAUACGGACCACCCACACACCUGUUUUGUUUGCCCCUUAUUGAACUUCAAGCAGGGAUCAUUGUACUGCAAUAAUUUUUCCAAAAAAACAAAACAAUAAAAAAAUAUGAACUAUGCAGUGUUUAUUUAUAGAUGAAAAUAUAUGUAUGCCAGAACUUUUCAUAGUUGGAUUUAAUCAAGAAAGGUUGUAUUUUCUUAAAUGAGAGCAUUACUUUACGUGGUGUUUUUUUCUGUUGCUAAGUUUGCUGUGACCUGUAGAUAAAACAGUCUAAUCCCCUGUCUAUGUCUUUCCAGCUUUAUUCUAGGAACUUUACAUUUUGUUAAGGGCAUUAUCAAAUUCUAAUGCACAUACGAUAAUUCAUUCUGUGUCGUUAAAAAAAAUAAACACUGUGAAUAGUAUUACCAUUUUCAAUCUCCAUGCCAAGUCAGAAGUUACUGGUUAUUUAUCCAGACCCAUUUGAUACCGUGGAUGUCCAUGUAACAUAGUCGUGCUAUGACUCAGUAACAUUAAAUUUAUAAUAGAGACACAAAAGACACAAAUAACAUACUGUCUUUACAAUUGUAAGCAGGUCACAGUGGCAGAGAUCUAUGUGGUCAAUAAGCUCAUUUAGUGCCCAAGAGAAAGUGCAUAGCAUACUCAAACUGGGAAGAAGUAUUGUGCUUUUUGUCUUAAAGAUUUACUACUGUAUCAUAGGUUGUUUUAAAGUGAAUGAACUACAGUAUGUAUAAUGUGCCAUUUCUGUAUAGGUAAUGUCCUGUUUGAUAUGUUAUAUAUAUAUAUACAUUAUAUUGUUUUUGUUUUUUUACAUGAACACACAGUGUUUUUUUUCUGCUCUUGGGUUUCACUUGAUAUUAGAAUUUAAAAAUAACAGUAAAUUAAUUGAUAUACCCGUAAUAAAAGAAAUUGGGAAAUAUGUUUCAUACAAAGAAUAUAAGGAAAAACAUAUUAAGAGAGAACUCUAUCCAACUAAUAAAAAUAAAUUAAUU